AUGAUCAUUACAGUAAUAAUAGUAUUAUUGCAGUUGACCGUUGGAUUCGGUGAUUUAGUGCCAACGAAUGCGGAAGGCUAUGUGCUGGUUCCAAUCCUGUUCAUCUUCGCAGGGCUGGUGCUUACGACGCUCGCCAUUGACGUGAUCGGCGCCAGUUGUAUUACAACCGCCACAUCGCUGUUCCCGUUGCACGAUCCACUUGCAGCCAGGUUAUUGUCCUCUUUACCGCACUGGGGUGUCCGUCUUGCACCUCAGCAGUUUGAACAUUAG